UUGUUUUUUAUCCCUGUCACUUAUACAAGCGCAGAAAAUUACAACACAGCAUUUCAUUUUUGUGUUGCUUCCAGGAAAAUCACAUUUUUCAGCACGAUCAACUGCAGAAAUUAUCCAAAUAAAUAUAAAGAGAUUGAGCCAAAACGAACCCACCUGUCUUUGUGCAUUGGUAGUCCAGAAUAAGUUGCGUUUUGUAUGGUUUUCGUGAUUCAAGAAUCCACGGACAACCAUAUCAUACCAGUAUCCAAGGUGAUGGACAGACUGAUGUUCAACUGAAGAAUAUGCGUACAGUCUUUAGAUGCGAAUCCAUCCAGACAGUAAACUCUCUGUCUAUACCAAAAAAAAAGAAAUAAAUAGCUAAUCAAAUCAAUUGGUUGAUCAAGAUGAGUGUGAUUAUUCGGUUACAAAAUUUGCCGUGGACGGCAAAUGCCCGCGACAUUCGAAACUUCUUCUCGGGCCUAGCGAUUCCCGAGGGCGGUGUCCACAUAAUCGGCGGCGAGAUGGGCGACGCUUUCAUCGCUUUCAGCACCGACGAGGAUGCCCGCUGCGCCAUGUUGAAGGAUCGCGAGAAGCUGAUGGAGAUCCAGGUGCGCCUGCUGCUCUCCUCGCGGGCCGAGAUGCAGAAGGUCAUCGAGACGGCCCGGAAAGGAGCCUCCGCCGCUCCAGCACCAAUUGCCGUUCCGGUGCCCAUGCCAGUCGUUGCUCCAUUGUCGAUGGCCAAGCCAGGUCCAGCUGCUCCCAUGCCACCGAUUAUCGGCGGCUUGGGCAGUUUCCUGGGCCAGGCCAAGGUACAAGGUGGUGUGCCCUCUUUUCUGGCCUACCAACAGCAGGCGGGGAUCACCCUGUCCGAGGUCACGGGUGGUCGCCGCAGUCGCAGUCGCUCCUCCAGCUCGGAUGAUAGCGAUCGAGAGCGUGAGCGGGAACGGGACAGGGAACGCGGUCGCAAACGUCGCUCCGACCGGUUCGAUAAUAGCCAGGAAAGGGAGGUCAAGAUGACGACCCAAUCACCAUCGCCCUGGGCUCAGCCAUCGCAAAAUCAGACGUUGCCAGGCAUGGGAAUGGGUCUCAACGUGGGCUUGAGCCUGAACAUGCCACCGGUUUUGCCUUCACUCCAGAGCUACACCACCAGCAACACCACCAACAACAAUGUGACCAACAACUAUAAUCUCGCCCCAAGUGUACCCAAUGCCCAGCUGCUGGCCGCACUGCAGCAGGUGGCCAGCUCAGGAGUAAGUCCAGUUCAGGUGCAGCCAUCCAAAAGCGAAGGCGAACCGAUUGCCUUUGCCAGCGUGAAUCCCUAUGCGCAGAUGUAUCCGCAGCUGUUCCAGCAGCAACAGAUGCUGCUCCAGCAGCAACAGGCUCCGGCUAAGCUGUCACCCUCCAUGGCGGCCAGUUCUCCGGGCGGAGGAGGCAACACUCCGGUGGCCGUGGCAGAUACCUGCUACAUUCGCAUCAGUGGCAUGCUGCAGAGCACCUCGUACAGUGACAUACGCAAGUACUUCCAGGGCCUGUACAUUCCGCACAAUGGCAUUAAGAUCAUGACCUCGAAUGGCAGUCGCACUGGAGUGGCCUACGUGGAGUUCUCCCGCGUGUCCAGUGCCCAGAAGGCGCUGCAGCGGAACAACACCAUGUUCAAGGAUCAGUUGAUUCAGAUUGUUCCCGUGGGCGAUGAAGAAUUCGAGCGGGCAGAGGAGCUGGCCAAUCGCCAGCAAAACGAAGGGGGCCGGAACCAUCAUAAUCAUAAUGGUGGUGGAGGAGAUAGGAGCGAACGGGGCGGAGGAGGAGGUGGCAUGCCCAUGCCCAUACCCAUUAGCAAUGUCCUGCGUGUGGAGGACCUGUCGCAGCAUGCCACCGAACAGGAAAUCAUGAAGAUGUUCUCCGCCAGCUACACCGUUGUGGACAUCCUCCUGAGCCGCAGUCCCAACAAUCGUCGCGAAAGUGUGGCCUUUGUCCUGUUCGCCAGGGAAUCGGAGGCCGAGGCCGCUCUGCAGGACACUGGCAAGCACUAUAUAGGGUUCCGUCAGCUAAGGGUGAGUCCCAGCAGUCAGGCGGAGAUGCAGAAUGCCAAGGAGAAACAGCGCCGGGCCAAUGAACAGCUGCUCAAGGAGGAAGCCGAUCAGCGGGAGGAGCUUCUAAAGGAUCAACAAAGAAGGCAGCAGAAACUGCAACAGCAGCAGCAACAGCAGGAGCAGGAUCUCAACCAGGCUAGUAGAUUCGCCGCCGAUCCCAGAAGACGCCAGGCGGAGGAGCAGCAGCAGCAGCAGAUGAAUAUGAAUCACAAUAUGAAUAUGAACCCCAAUAUGAAUCACAAUAUGAUGCAACAUCCCUUUGUUAAUGGUGGCAACAUGCCCUUCAAUAUGCCACCUCAGCAACAAAAUGGGGGCAACAACUUCCCGUUCAACAUGAAUAACAACUUUAAUAAUAUGAACAACAAUGGUGGAAAUCCCAAUGGCAAUGGACCCAACUAUCCCAACGAUAAUGGAGGUGGUGGUCUCCAGCGUCCGCGGCAGGAGGAUGUCUUCGUGCGUGUCCACAACUGCGAGUAUGCCACCAGGGUCAACGAUCUGGGGGAACUCUUCUCGCUCGAGAACCUGCGCAUCGAGCACAUCGAGCAGCUUUUCAAUGAACGUAACCAGAGUUCCGGGGAGUUUAUUGUGGAGUUCUGUGAUCCUGUCAGUUGCAAGCAGGCCAUUAGGGAGUUCCACAAUCGCCGCUUUCGAGGAAGGGGAUUGCGAGUGGUGGCCAUUACACCGCAGGAGAUUGCCGAUAAGAUGAAUAAACCCUUUAUGGAUUAUUUGCCAGGAGGAAAUGGUCCCAGACAAGUGGAGUCUGGCAAUGUUAGUGAAGGCGGUAGCGGAAAUGGAGGCAGUGGAGGUCAGGAGGGCAAGCAAUCUCGGCGUCGCAAGCCCAGUCGCUUCGGUGACAUCGGUAGUAGUCUGGAUCAGCAGGAUCAGCCGCCACCACAAAAGCAGGAGCGACAGCAGUCCUUGGAAAAGGAAGAGAACAGCAAUGGCAGCUCCAAUGCUCCCGUCAAGCAGCACUUCAAUCCCUUCGCUCGUCCAGAUCCUGCCCUGAGCAGCAGCUCCUCCCUUUCGCCCAGCCAUCAAAGCCAAAGCAAGCAAACCUCUCCAGCGCCGCCAGUUGCCUCUUCCCUAAUCCCCGACAAGUUCAAUCGUCCGGGAUGCGUGGUGGCCAUGCGAAAUGUUCCCUACAAGGCGGAACUUAAGGAUAUCCUGCGCUUCUUCAGCGACUACAAACUCAGUCCGGAUGAUGUCAUACGGCGCUUCAACGAUGAAGGCCAACCCACGGGGGACACCCGUGUGGCUUUCGAAUCCCCUGCAGAGGCACUAUCCGCCUUCGAAUCAUGCCGCAGGAAGCAGAUCUUCAAUCGCACCGUUUUCCUGGACAUUGUUAGGGCUAUUAACCCUCGACUGUUUGACCAUAGCUAAUGUAUAUUGUAAAUAAUAUAAUGUAACAUUAAGACUAAAACCAAACAUAUUAACCAGAUAUAGGGCGUGAACAGCAUAGUCUCUAAGCUGCUUCACAUGGAAUGUACAUAGACUUGUUUGAAUAAAUCUAUAAAUCUAAA